AUGUCACAUUUCCCAACGAUCUUCGAGGGGAUGAAGAGUGAGACAAGAGAGGAGAAUUUAAAACUCGGAGAAGAAAGAUUGGAAAGAAGAGAAUCUCACGAUCGAUUUGAAAUGGCAUCCAGAUCAUCCUCCGAAUCAGAGGUGUCCUGCGAACAUUCGGAAACUGCUUUAUCGCCUCCCCAUGUGAAAUCUCGACUCGCAGGCUAUCUCGAAGGCGAACUUCGCGAUUUCCCCGGCGGAGAUGAAAUUACCACUGAAAGCGUUCCGCAAUGGACGUGGCCGCGAUCAGCAUGUCGUCUUUGGAUUUUCCUCAUGGUUCUGCAGAAAUGCGAACGUGGCACCAUCAUCGCGUACGAAACGGCACGCAAGUUUCAUGGGUUCGGUCCGGCGUUGUAUAUUAUGUUUAAGAGCGAGUGGCGUAGCUUGCUUCAUGAUAGUCCGGAGGAUAGUAUGACAAUUUACUAUCAUUUGCUUGCGAUGAGGAAUGAGAAGGGUGCGGUACCGCCGGCGUUUGAGAUUUCACAUUGUUGUUGA